AUGGGAGACUACAGUCAAGUGAUGCACGAAGAGGCGCUUGUAGCGCGCAUUCUAUCCCAGGCCCGCGCUAUCUACGGCCCCAAGUACCCCCAUGGAUCCACCUUCGAUGUCAUCUACAGCGGCGAUAUAUUAGCAGGCAAUGACCUUGUCGCAUGGCUCAUCGUUUACCCGAUGCCAGACAAUGCUGCCUUCAAGACUGGAAAAGUCGUAUCGAACGAGUGGACUCCAGUUCUAAAGUCGCGGCGGAUAUCCAAAAAAGGAACUGGCUCCACCCUUCAGCGAGAAUAUCAAGAGCUUCUGGGGAAGCUGCGUAUCAUAAUGGUCGAGACUAUGGUUUCCAUGGAGAAAGUAGAGGAGACAGAGAAGUUGGAGAAGGACAACAUCGGCACUGACAAGUGA